AAUUGCUUUCCCCUCAAACCAUCCACAAUUCUCUUUCGCGCAGGUCCCACCAUGGCUCCGCUUGCGACUCCUCCUCGUUUCCUCUCCCUCCUUCCCUCGACCCUUUUCAUUCCUUCGUUUCGAACUUCAAGGUAAAGAAAAUAGUAGCAAUAAUAAUAACAAUUACAAAAAAGGAUUUAUCUCUCUGACUCUCUCUCUCUCUUAAAAAUUUCUACUAAACGAAAAAGAGAAAAGAAAAUCCCUAAACGAUGCAGGAAGCAGAGAUUCACGAUCUGUCAGAUGAUGCUGAUUAUGCCGCGUCUCAGCAGCAACGAUCGACGAGUAUGAUGCGGUGCGACAGUGAGAAACGAAGAUCUUCAAAUGAACCAGAGGGAGCCGAAAUUGUUUAUACAAAAGAUAAUGUUACAAUUCAUCCUACUCAGUUUGCCUCUGAACGGAUUAGUGGAAGAUUAAAGUUAAUUAAGCAAAGCUCUUCACUUUUCUUGACAUGGAUUCCGUACAAAGGGCAAAGUACAAAUGCUAGGUUGUCUGAGAAAGAUAUGAAUCUUUAUACCAUUAGGGAGGUGCCAUUUGCUGAUGUGAGGUGCAUCCGGAGACACACUCCAGCUCUUGGAUGGCAAUACAUAAUUGUUGUUUUGUCAUCUGGACUUGCAUUUCCUCCCCUUUACUUCUAUAGUGGAGGAGUUCAAGAGUUCCUUGCUACAGUAAAACAACAUGUUUUUCUUAUGAGGUCGGCAGAAGAUGCAAAUGUAUUUCUUGUGAACAACUUUCAAAACCCUCUGCAGCAAACUUUAUCUUCUUUGGGGCUUCCCGGGGCAGUGUCCAUUGCAUGUGUUCCAUCAACGUCUGUUUUAGGUGGGGAGUCUGCUUCACAUGAAAAUGGAGAAAGGGAUCAUGUUGCUAUAUUUGAUGGAAGUCCUAGUACUCGACAUGAUAGAAGGGAGAGGCAAAAGGUUCAUGGUCCUGCUCGAGACAUAUCAAUCCAAGUUUUGGAGAAAUUUUCUCUCGUAACCAAGUUUGCCCGAGAAACAACUUCACAAUUACUCUGGGAGAGUCAAAACAAUUCUUUUAGUCUUUUUGAGAGGAUAAAUUUGAACCAAUCUGUCCUUGAUUCUAGUAAAAAACCACAUAAUGAUGCACUGGAAGUUUAUAUUCCAGUCCCUUCAGAUCCUUUUGAGUUAGACGAACUCUCACUAGCAUGGGGAAAACCCCGACAACCUCCAUUGGGAUUGGAAGAGUGGGCCACAUUCUUGGAUUCAGAAGGACGAGUGGUGGAUUCCGGUGCUUUAAGAAAAAGAAUAUUUUAUGGAGGAGUGGAACACAAAGUACGAAAAGAGGUCUGGAAAAUAUUGUUGGGAUAUCAAGCGUAUGAAUCAACAUAUGCAGAGAGGGAACGUCGAAGCUCCAUCAAAAGGACAGAAUAUGAGAUUAUAAAAAACCAGUGGCAGAGUAUAUCUCCUGAACAGGAAAAAAGAUUUACAAAAUUUAGACAGAGGAAAGGCCUUAUAGAGAAAGAUGUGGUAAGGACGGACAGGUCGAUCUCUUUCUAUGGCGAAGAUGACCAUCCAAAUUUGACUCUUUUACAUGAUGUUUUGUUGACCUACUCUUUCUAUAACUUCGAUCUUGGUUACUGUCAGCUGGUGGAGCUGUUAGAUGGCCCAUUGCAUGAGUAUUUCAAGCAAAAGGACUGCUUGAAUUAUUUCAUCUGUUUCCGCUGGAUUCUGUUACAAUUCAAAAGGGAACUUGAAUUUGAGAAGACGAUGCUAUUGUGGGAAGUAUUAUGGACAUAUCAUUCGUCGGAGCACCUUCAUCUGUACGUAUGUGUUGCUAUAUUGAAGCGUUAUCGAGGGAAGAUGAUGGAAGAACAAAUGGAAUUCGACACCCUUCUAAAAUUCAUCAAUGAGUUGAGUGGUCGGAUUGACAUUGAUGCGAUCCUCAGGGAUGCCGAGGCUUUAUGUUUAUGUGCCGGCGAAAAUGGUGUUUCUUGCAUCCCACCUGGAACUCCACCUUCUUUGCCUCUUGGCAAUGAUGUUUUACUCGAUCCUGAGCUAGAGGAUAAAGUAUUAUGAACGGUUAAUUUUUACAUAAAUAUUGA